CGCGAGUGGUGAUCCUCUGCGCGAGAGAGAAAGAGAGAGAGCGAAAGAGAGCGAGCAGGCGGUCGCAUCCCCCUCGCUCCAGCCCCCCUCCCCGUCCCGACCAUGAACGUCACUCCCUCCACUUCGGUGGUUGUCAGCCACAACCUGACCGGCAUCCACUUCUCGUCCUACACCUCGGACGAGAUCCGCCGGCUGUCGGUGAAGGCCCUGCACAACCCGGUGCUCUUUGAUGCCUUCGGACACCCGACCCGUGGCGGCCUGUAUGAUCCUGCUCUCGGUCCCUUCGACCGUGAUGCCAUGUGCGGGACUUGCUCGCUGAACCAGCAGUCCUGCCCCGGCCAUGCCGGCCACAUUGAGCUGGCCGUGCCGGUCUUCAACCCCAAUACCUUCGCCACCAUGUACCAGUUCCUGCGCGCGACCUGCUUCUUCUGCCACUCCUUGAAGAUGGCCACUCAUCGUGCCCACAAGUACAAGGCUAUCCUGACCCUCAUCGACCACGGCUUCCUGACCGAGGCCCUGGACCUGAUGGAGAUCAACCUGGUGAAGCGGCGUGCCCCCUCGGCCAAGGCCGAGUCCUCGGAGAGCGCCAUCCUCAAGUCCGGUGAGAACAUCCUCCUCCAGGACAUCAACUGGGACAGCAGCGAGAAGGGCAAUGCCGGCAUCUCGGAGGAGGUGUACAUGGCCCGCAUCGAUGCCUUUGUCGCCUCGGUCAUCGGCAAUGCUGGCGAGGGCAAGCGCAAGUUCAACAAGUACAUCCAAUCCCAUGAGGAGCGCCGCCGCCUGGUGCGCGCCUUCUUCCGCAAGAUCCCCCACCAGCGGUGCGAGAACUGCGGCGCCCAUGCGGCCACUCUGCGCAAGGAGGGCCUUGCGCGCAUCUUCCAGCGCCCCAUCCAGGCGCGCUACCUCCGGCAGAAUUACGCCCAGGGCCAUCGCGAGGUGGACUUCGUGUCCGGCGAGGCCACAAGCAAUUCGGUUGUCCCGGCCACUGGCCGCCGGCAGGUGACCGAUGAGGACACCAUGUCGCGUGAGACCCUCAUGAGCGGCGCUUCGGCUCCCUGGAACAAUGAGGAUUCCGACUCGGACUCCGACUCGGACUCCGAUUCCAGCUCCGAUUCCGAUGGGGAUCUCGACCCGGCGGCCGUCGAGCUGGCCCAGCAGAAGGCCGCCGCUCGCGUCCUGAUGGAGGGUGGCAAGGUUGGCGACGAGGAGGAGGAUGGUCUGUCCACCUCCGGCAACAACCGCACCCUGCUGCCGAUCCAUGUCCGGUCACACCUGCGCCGCAUGUUCGACAAGGAGAAUGACAUCGUCCGGCUGUUGCUGUGCUCGCUGGCUCCCCCGCGUCCGGGGGCCUCGCGCGCUCGCGGCGCCGCUCCCGAGCGUGUGACUCCGGAAUCCUUCUUCUUCGAGGUGGUUCCGGUGCCUGCCACGCGCUUCCGCCCGGCGUCCAAGAUGGGCGACAAGGUGUUCGAGAAUGCCCAGAACGUCCAUCUGACCAACAUCCUGAAGGAUAACCAGCGCCUGGUGGAGUUGCAGCUGCAUGCCGAGCGUGCCGGGGCCAAUGUUUCCGUGGAUCUGGAGAAGACCGUGUCCGCGUGGUUCUCCCUCCAGGACAAUGUCAACUGCCUGGUGGAUUCCGGCCUCAACCGGGACAUGCGGCGCCAGGUGCCGAAUGGCAUCAAGCAGCUUCUCGAGAAGAAGGAGGGCCUCUUCCGCAAGCACAUGAUGGGCAAGCGUGUGAACUUCGCCGCUCGUACGGUCAUCUCCCCCGACCCGAACAUCGGCACCGAGGAGUUUGGUGUCCCCAUGGUCUUCGCCACCAAGCUCACGUACCCCGAGCCGGUGACCCAGUACAACAUCCGGGAGCUUCGCCAGGCGGUCAUCAACGGCCCGGAUGUCCAUCCUGGCGCCACGCACAUCGAGAAUGAGGAUGGCUCGGUGUCGGCUCUGCGGCAUUUCUCCUCGGAGGAGCGUACUGCCCUGGCCAACCGCCUGCUGACGCCGCAGACCGCCGGGGCCGGCGCCUCGACCGGCAUCAACAAGCGCGUGCUGCGGCACAUCAAGAACGGCGACGUCAUCCUGGUCAACCGCCAGCCGACCCUGCACAAGCCGUCCAUGAUGUCGCACAAGGCGCGCAUCCUCCCCGGCGAGAAGACCUUCCGCAUGCAUUACGCCAAUUGCAACACGUAUAACGCCGAUUUCGAUGGCGACGAGAUGAACAUCCACUUCCCGCAGAAUCAGAUCGCCCGCGCCGAGCUCUACCACAUCGCCAACACCGACAAUCAGUACAUCGUGCCGACCGAUGGUAAGCCCAUUCGUGGGCUGAUCCAGGAUCAUGUCCUGACCGGUGUGCUGAUGACCAAGCGCGACACCUUCUUCACCCGGGAGGAGUAUUUCCAGGUGCUGCAUGGGUCCCUGCCGGAGUCCAUCCAGCAUCUGGAGACCCUGCCGCCGGCCAUCGUCCGGCCGCGGCAGCUUUGGACCGGCAAGCAGGUCAUCUCCACCCUGAUGAUGAACUUGACCAAGGGCCGGCCGCCGCUGAACCUCACCUCCAAGGCUCGUAUCCCGGCGCGCAUUUGGUCGCACCAUUUCCGCGCUGGCGAUGAGCAGUCCGCCACCGCGGCCAAGAGCCCGGCCGUGGAGGAGGCCGAGGUCAUCUUCCAUGAGGGGCAUCUUGUGCAGGGUGUCCUGGACAAGAACCAAUUUGGCGCGUCGGCCUUCGGUCUGGUGCAUGCCUGUUACGAGGUGUAUGGCGGAACCAUCGCCGGCAAGCUGUUGACUGCCCUUGGUCGGCUGUUCAUCCGCUUCCUCCAGGACCACGGGUUCACCUGUGGCAUGGAUGACCUGAUCCUGCUGGAGGCGGCCGAGGAAAACCGCCGGCGCAUGUUCGAUGACAUCGCCCAGGUGGGUCACUCGGUGGCGGCCGAGGUGGCCGGCCUGCCGGGCAGCGUCAGUGCCGAGCGUCUCAAUCAGAAGCUCAGCGUUUUGUUGCGUGAUGACAACAACUGCGCCCGCAUGGAUUCCGUCAUGAAGUCCAAGACCGGCGAGAUCACUUCCUCCAUCAUUGACAAGACCCUGCCCGAGGGUCAGAUGAAGUUCUUCCAGGACAACAACAUGUCGCUGAUGAUUCACACCGGUGCCAAGGGCAGUAAUGUCAACCUGUCGCAGAUCACCUGUCUGCUUGGGCAGCAGGAGCUCGAGGGCCGCCGUGUGCCGCUCAUGGCCUCCGGCAAGACGCUGCCGUCGUUCACGCCAUUCGACACCCAGCCGCGUGCUGGUGGUUACAUUGCCCAGCGUUUCCUCACGGGCAUCCGCCCGCAGGAGUAUUACUUCCGUUGUAUGGCUGGUCGUGAGGGUCUGGUUGAUACGGCCGUCAAGACUGCCCGUUCGGGCUACCUGCAGCGGUGCAUCAUCAAGCACAUGGAGGGCCUCCGUGUCCACUAUGACAACACCGUGCGCGACUCCGAUGGCUCUGUGGUGCAGUUCCUGUAUGGGGAGGACUCGCUCGAUGUGACCAAGCGCCUGUACCUGGAGCAGUUCCCCUUCUCGGUGCAGAACCACAAGGCCUUCCUGGCCAAGUACCAGCCCGAGCGCGUCCUCCAUCGUCUGGAGCGUGAGGAGGGCCAGUCCAUGAUGAAGAAGGCCAUCCGCAAGCCGAGCAAGUAUGACCCUGCUCUGGCGACCUUCCCGCCUGGUGUGCAUCUGGGAUCGGUGUCCGAGCACUUUGAGAAGUCCCUGCAGAAGUUCAUCGAUGCCCAGCGCGAGGCCGGUGGCAUGUUGGACGAUGAGUCUGGCGCGCCGCUGGACGCCGAUGCCUUCGAGGAGCUCAUGUACCAGCGGUACAUGCAUACCCUGGUGGAGCCGGGCGAGGCGGUCGGUGUGCUUGCCGGCCAGUCCAUCGGUGAGCCUUCCACCCAGAUGACCCUGAACACCUUCCACUUCGCUGGUGUUGGUGCUAAAAACGUCACGCUCGGUAUUCCCCGUCUGCGUGAGAUCAUCAUGACCGCGUCGUCCAAGCCGCGCACCCCCUUCAUGGAGCUGCCGAUCCAUGCGGACAAGAGCCGCGCCGAUGCCCUGCGCAUGGCUUCGGUCCUGAGCCGCCUGACCCUCGGCACGAUCCUGGAGUCGGUGCAAGUGCGGGACUCGAUCGCGCCGCCGGCGCGCGGGCUCGGUCGCCAGCGCGUGUACAAUGUCACCUUCCAGCUGCUGAGUGUCCUGGAGUGUCAGGAGGACUUCCUGCUGUCCACCGACCAGCUGGCCCCGUAUCUGUGCGGGCCGAUGAUCAAGCGCCUGGUGGAGCUGAUCCGCCGAGACCUGGCCAACCGCGUGCGCGAUGCCAAGCAGCAGGACGACUCCCUCGGUGUCGGGGUCUCGGAGGUGAGCGACGUCGUGUCGUCCAUGGGCAAGCGCGGCGCGGCUCGCGCCAGCGCCGAGCUCGAUGGCGGUGCCGGGGCCGACGAGGCCGGCAGCGAUGACUCGGACUCCGACGACUCGGACUCGGAGUCCGGCUCGGCGGCGGCCAAGAAGGGCGCCGCUCGCCGGCAGCUGUCCUCCUACGAUGACGAUGGGUCUGACUCGGAGGAGUCCGAUGCUUCGGACUCCGACGACAGCGCCCCCUCGGAUUCCGAGGACAAGAUGGAUGUCGACGUGUCGGCCGGCUCCUCCGGCAAGUCUGCGCACUCGGACCAGGAGACUCGCAUGGCUCAGUCCCUCUGCCAGAAUGUGACCGCCUACUCCUACGACCGUGUCACCAACCAGGUGCACCUGGAGCUCAGCUACAACAUCGACACGCGCAAGCUGAUGCUGGUGAAUCUGCUGGAGCGUCUGGCCGAGACCUCGGUGAUCCGCGAGGUGGCUGGCAUCAGCUCGUGCAUGAUUGACGAGGAGUCCACCAAGAAUGCCAAUGAUGGCCAGAUUCGUCUCGCCACCGAGGGUGUCAACCUUCAGGGUGUGUGGGAGAUGGACAAUGUCAUCGAUGUCAACAGCAUUUCGUCGAACGACAUCAAUGCCAUCCUCAAGACCUACGGUGUGGAGGCUGCCCGGGCGACGAUUGCCUCUGAGAUCAGCAAGGUCUUCGGGGCGUAUGGUAUCUCGGUGGAUCCGCGCCAUCUGAGCCUGAUCGCCGAUUACAUGACCUUCCACGGUGGCUACAAGGCCAUGAACCGCAUGGGCAUCGAGGCCAGUGUGUCGCCGCUGCAUCAAAUGUCCUUCGAGACCACGAUGCAUUUCCUGCGCAGCGCGGUCACCCACCAGGACUUCGAUUCGAUCGACAGCCCGUCCGCUCGAAUUGUGGUCGGCCGCCCGGUCGAGGGUGGUACUGGGUCCUUCGAAAUCCGCCACCCCGUGAUGGAGUAGUGUGGGGAGGGGCAAGCACGUUGUGCGC